UGAGUGAUCACUGUGAGACAGGAGAGGAUGUAUGAGGUCCUCCCAAGGGAAGCAUUUUUGUACCCUUUAUGGUUUGCGUCACUGCUUUGCCAACACGACUGUGGUUUGUGUGUGUGGGAGAGAGACAGGGAAGGAAAGGUGGGUUGAGGAUAACUCAGAGGAUGUGAGAGUGAGUUUGAAAGGGGUAGAGGGAGGGAAGAAUUUAGAGAAGGGUAAAGAGGAGGAGGGCAUGAGAGGGUGUUGCUUUUGUUUUGUUUUUUACCCUGAGCUUUUGCCUCUGCUCAGAGGCCCAAGCUGAGUUUCUACUGUUCUAUUACGUUACCGGCAUGUUCCCCUGUUAGUCAGCCAUAAAGUAACAGCCACGUCACCGUGGUUUAUUUCUGCAGAAUGUUGCACAGUGCUUCUCCGGUAACAGCGCUGUUGGCUAUUUACAUUCAGCUGCGUGGACAAAAAUGUCACAAUGCGAAAUACUGGAUGUCCCCAUGUGCUGUCGAGAAGGGAUUUCAACUGCUUUUACUGUCCUGGAAAUGAUGUCUCUGUGUUUUCUGUGUGCGUGAAUGUACUGUACUUGUCCUUAAAGAGUUUCUCAUGGGGAAGUUGUAUUAUUAAAACAAGUUGCUAUAAUUUUGUAAGAAAAAGUCUGCUUGGGCAUGGGAACAUCAUUAAAGUGCGCAGUGUUAAUGAGGGUAUAUCUACUGGGACACAGUGCUAUCAGUAGAGCCAUUUAUACUGGCUCCAUUUGUUUUGACAGUCUGUAAUUACCCUCAGGUGAGAUGUACCCCAGACUGUUGUCUUAUGACUGGGGCGACCCUGCCAAACUCCCUCACUCCCGCAGACGCACAUAGGAACACUCAGGAGUCCUGAUCUCUUAGCAACGAGAAGAUGAUCCCAUUGGCCGCCCUUUUUAGCCCUCUUUUUUUGGCUUCCUGUAAUUGGAGUGUUGGCUUAGUGGCGUCAAAGACCUCCACUGGUAUGGGUGUGGAUGCCGGAUCUUGACAGAAUGAUUGAGAUACAGAAAGUGGGACAUUCAUAUUCUGGCAGUACAGCAGCAAGAGCUGGCUGGGAAUGUGCCUUUGUGCAACAAUAUGCACAAACCGUCCAAAAUGGAAUGGAGGCUUCUGGUUUCCUCAUGUGGUGGACUGCGGUUAAUGCUUCCCUGGCCCUGAGUCAGAGGCUGCAGGCACCCUGGUAGGGGGUUCUUGAAGCAGGGGAAAUGGAAUGAAGCAAGGCUUCUCAUUGCAGGCCAGAAGCCUUGUGGCGCUGCUGCUGUCAUUAAGUGUUGCUUCUCCGUGUGGCCAGCUGAAAUGCUGCCACCCGAAACCCUGCUGGAGUACAGCGGGUGAAGUCCCCGGCUCUGGAAUGCCAGUGAUGGUGGACCCUCUUCCACCCUCAGGGACAUUUCCUGCCACAGUCCCUUCCCCACAGCUGUGGGUUUCACAUCAUAAUUCUGCGCCACAAUCAUGGUGGAUCUGACUGGGUUGACCUACGAUGAGCUGAUCUGUGUACACUGUAGACGGCCCCAUUGACCACAGUAAGAAGACACGGUAGAUUGCGAUUAGUACUUUCUCAAGGGGAUCGGCUUCAUCCCUAGUGAGUGUGUGCGUGCAUGCGUGCGUUACAAAUUAUAUGGUAACAGAGGACUUACAAAUUGUGUGUGAUGUUACUUUUAGCAAGUGACAAUAUAUAGACCUACGAGUCUAGGACUGGGCUUAAUCUGUAUGUUUGAAACUGGCCCAAUAUUUAUGCAACACAUACUUCUGUGCAUUUGAGAGAAGACCAAAGGAAGUGGAGAGAGCGAUGGGGGAGAGGUGGGCAGGAAAUUGCUGGUAAAGGGAAGUUGUUGAGCUGGUGCUGUGUACAUACCAUACAGUAUGUUGUCCAGCCUUAAGCGGUGUAUCUUAAAGUAGGGCAGAGUCUGUUUGCAUGCGUUACAUUUGUGCGUGCAUUGAAUGUUACCGUGGAGACUUGGGCUGCACCUCCCCGGUGGUGCUGCGGGCCCUAGUCCCCGGGGCGUUCUGCCCCAGCCCUGGCUCCUGGGUCCCUCUCUGCUGCCACAGAGCUCCUGCUCAAAAGAGCCUCUGCCGGUCUACCGCCCGCCUGCGUUAUGGACACCUUAAAGACCGGCGCUCAGCCCGUGUACAGCCGCUGGUCCUACAGACCCUCGAGCUCUGCCAGCUUCUCCUCGACCUCAUCCGCCAGCGCCCUGGAUGAUGACGGCACCAGCCUCCGACAACAGAAGCUGGAUAAACAGAGGGCGCUGUUGGAGCAGAAGCAACGGAGAAAGAGGCGAGAGCCCCUGAUGGUGCAGCCCAACCCAGAGGCCCGGGCCAGACGGUCCCGGCCCCACCGCACCGAAGAGCAGGCCCCUCUCGUGGAGUCCCGACACAGCAUAACCAGCGACGUCAUCGUGGACGGUAUCGAUGGCCCCGCUGCUUUCAUGGCGUCUGAGACCCCUGACCUGGGCAGCAAGAUCCAGGUCCUGUCCGUGAGCCAGCAGCAGUCCCCACCAGCCGAGGAGCCUGACGGAGGCCAGGACAAGGACCCACAGCCGGAGCCCAAAACCGACAUCCAUGAGAUGCUGCAGAAACGAGCACGGGACCCCUCCCACUCUCCAGCCUGGCAAAACCCCUCCUCCCCUCUCACUGACCCCGCCCAGGAAAGGGUGGUGCAGUUGGGCGACCUGGCUCCGGAGGUGGCGAAAGAAGAGGAUAUCCUUUCUCCCGAGGGGAUGCAAUGCCCCCUGACUGCCAGAGAGAAACUGCUCUUGUCAGGUCUCUCAGGCAGCGUGAACUAUGAUGAGGUCAGCGAUGAGGAGGACGAGGAGGAGGAUGAGCAGGAGGAAGAGGAAGAGCAGGCUGGGUCCCUCUCCCCCCGCACAGAGAGCUCCCGACCUGCCUCGGCUUCCAGCACCAAGUCAACCACUGACUAUGUGGCCCCAGGAUCUCCAACCACAGAGGGGACCGCCAUUGAGGUGGACAACCUGGAGGAGUUUGUGCUGCAGCCGGCCCCGCGCGGGGUCACCAUUAAGUGCCGCAUCACCCGGGACAAGAAGGGCAUGGACCGCGGGCUGUACCCCACGUACUUCAUGCACCUGGAGAAGGAGGACGGCAGGAAGAUCUUUCUGCUGGCGGGCAGGAAGAGAAAGAAGAGCAAGACAUCAAACUACCUGAUGUCCGUGGACCCCACGGACCUGUCCCGUGAGGCCGAGAGCUUCGUGGGGAAACUGAGGUCCAACCUCAUGGGGACCAAGUUCACGGUGUACGACAACGGCUCCAACCCCAGCAAGACCCCCGGCGCCCUGCUGGAGGAGAGCAGCACACGGCAGGAGCUGGCAGCUGUCUGCUACGAGACCAACGUGCUUGGAUUCAAAGGGCCACGCAAAAUGACUGUCAUAAUCCCUGGGAUGAACAUGAACUUUGAGAGAGUGGCCGUGCGACCGGCCAGUGAACAGGAUAGUCUGCUCACUAAAUGGCAGAAUCACUCCCUGGACAACCUGAUUGAAUUACACAACAAGGCGCCAGUGUGGAACGAUGACACGCAGUCCUACGUGCUCAACUUCCAUGGCCGUGUCACGCAAGCCUCCGUCAAGAACUUUCAGAUCGUCCACGACAACGACCCGGACUACAUUGUAAUGCAGUUUGGCCGGGUGGCGGAGGACGUGUUCACACUGGACUACAACUAUCCCAUGUGUGCUCUUCAGGCCUUCGCCAUUGGCCUGUCCAGCUUCGACGGCAAACUGGCCUGCGAAUGAGGGCUGAGGAACCCCCCCCCCCCCCCCCCCACACUCUCUUCGGUCUUUCUAACCUGAAACCCCGCCCUCAGGACAUUGCGAGUGACCAUCACCUACAUAUCCUCCCCCACCGUCUUCUCCCUGUCCCCACUAGAAGUGCACACAACCCGUGUCUACUGGCUUUUCCUCAGAAACCCUGUGAACAUGCCACCAAACCCUUUUGUAGUGCACCCAUCCUAAGAAAGACGGUCACAUGGACACUGAGAGAGUGUGAGGGAGUAAGUGAGAAAGGGACAGUGUGAAACAACACACACACACAUGCACAGAGAGAGAUGGAGAGGGAAGGAGAGACCUUUUGACCUUUUGUUCAGAGAAUGCCUCUUGGGGACCGAGCCUGCUAUGUGUGUUCAUUCUAUGUUUUUUCUGUGUUAUCCUUUGUUUUAUCUGGAUCAGUCUGUGAUGUGCGUAGUCCAUUUAUAACAAGCUCAAGGGAAAGGUUCAUAUAAGGAAGGAAGCGGGCAAGUCUUUGCCUUCCUUGAUUUAGGGAAAGGAUCCUUUUAACAAGUCAGUCCUGUGGAAGGAAAUUUUAAGCCUGGAUAUUGACAUUAUUUCAUGUUUAUAGUGUUACAAUUGUUUGCUGGACAUUGAAUAUUUAAUUUUUUUAGUGUAUGUUUUUAUAUAAAAAUAUUGAUGCUAAUGUAAUUCCAUCUUAAACAAGUUAUGUGUUUGCUCUUAAAAACCUGUGCAUUUCUGUGCUAACCCUGAAAAGCUGUUGUUAACCCGAGUAACAAAGUUGAAUUGUAAUUUCUUUUAUUAUUUGUCACAUAGUGUUUAUCAAGAAUACUUCAAUAGUGUGAACUUUGAUCAUGUAUCCAAUAUUUAAAAUCUAUCAGAAUGACAUUAAUAUUUAUAUUAAUUGGAUACUAAUUACAUUGGUGGUCAAUAAGGCGUUAAUGAAGCACUUAUAAUUCUGGGAUGACAUUACGGAAAUGUCAGCUGCACUGGCAAAUGUGAGGCAAGUGUUUCCUCCUGAAUUAAAUUGUUAGUUCUUUUGAGUUUGUAACCACUCAAACGCUCAAAGAUCCUGCUCGUAAGUACAACCGUACCAGCUGCUUCGUCAAUGAAAAGAUGCUAAUCCUUAAAGCCAGCUUCUUUAUACUAUUUAAAAUAUCCACCAUGCCAUCCACAUCAACCAAAGGGCCACUUCAGCAUAGCCUGUGCACUCAAAGCUGCAUCUAUCUUCCUGUGAACCAAUGACUUCAGUGUUCAGUGACAUGAACCACAGGAUGUACUAUGGGACAGCACUGCUCAGUGAGGUGCAUCUCUCAAUGACAACAGCUGGUAUCUGAUAGGUGCUUGGUCAGUUGCUAGGGGUGCUACAGCAUUAGCUUUCUGAACACUGGCCAAUUAAGACCACCUUACCCUGGCAGUAUAAUCAGUUGUAUCCCACCACAACUGACUGCUGCACAUGGAUAUCCCAGAUUAGAUCUAGGCACGGCUGUGAUGCAUCACUCAGCCUGUGCUCUUGGCAGACACCUUUACCAGCUGAGCCAAGUGGUAGUCCCUGUAUAGAUUUUUCAACGAGCUGCAUACUGCCGUUUACCAACCGUCAAAGCAAUUUUUCAGUGAAAGUGAUUUUAUGCUGCUCACUUUUUCUGUGUGUUUGUGCUCUUGUUUAACACUGCACAACCCGGUACUAUACAGCAUGACCUGGCCUGUAUGUUUUUAAUCAAACACCGACUGUCAUGGAGGGAUUAAAAUGAAAGGGACUGCCUUAAUAUUCCAUGAGGUUUCUUAUAGUAACUUGGACUUGAGGCCUUGGUGUUUAUCAGUCUGUCCUUGCAUGCCUCCCUCAGAGUGCAGGAAAUGAUACAUUCCUUGUUGUGGCCUUCAGGAUCUUUUGUGCAAAAUACUGAUGUGCUCGCUCUACAUUUAACACCGUGCAGCACUUCCCUGCACGUUUGCUACAUGCUGAACAUGGCGUGUGUUAGCAUGUCAUACAUAGGGAGUGUAGUAAUGCUGCAGAGGAUAUAGGCUUAAGUAUAAAUUAUUUCUUGAGGCUAUUUGAGGUUUUCAUCCAGUUUCUACAUUCACAUACACACAAAGAAAGCACCUGUGUUCUGACCAAACUAAUGUACAUAAUGUAUGUGUGUGAAUGUGCACAGGGGUGUUGACCAGCUGAGAAUGCCAGGUAUGCACACUCUUUUGGAAUGAUAUUUUUAAUGAAAAUUUAUUUUAAAGAGAAAGUAGCUCACCCAGACACAUGUAAGGAUUAUACAUUCAAGCUGAGCUAGCUGGCUCCCAAACAAAGAAUGAUGUGUAUUUAAAAUAAUUUGAUCAUGACUAAUAAUAUGAAUUCCUACCUAUCACUUUAUUUCAUGAUUUAGUCUUUUGCUACUUUUGUUUGUAAAUAGAAUAAAUGACGGUGUUGUCAGUGA